AUGACCUCAACACAACCACCGCCAGACCCCGGAGCCUCAACCCCAAACACAAUGAUGGCGUCCCUGCUCGACGUCCUCGAAGCCUUCAUCGCGGAGGCCGAAUCACUCUCCCCCUAUCCCUUCUCCUGCUCCUCCUCCGUGUACUCCUCUUCCCCCACCAUAUCCUCCUCCUCCUCCCCCGAAGAUCACUGCGAACACGAAUUCAACGACCCAGAAACCACAACUACCACCACCACCAGCGAUAGUAGCGGAAGCAGCGACUCCUGGCCCUCAGACCACUCAACCCUCGUCGAAGACCGGCCGUCGUCGAGGGGCACCCUGAUCGUAGACUGGGACGGCCACGGGACGCCUGUCGUCUCGUGGCGUGGUCGCCGGGAUUCGUGGGCUGCGGUGGAGUUUGAGGUUGAGGUGGACGUUGAAGUCGCGGAGGUUAUGGAGGAGGACGAGGGGGAAGGCCCUGAACUCCCGUCUGCGGCUCAUUCUUCGCCGCUGCCGCGGAGGAGGACAAGGAUGAGGAGGCAGAAGAGAUUCGUACUCGCGGUUGUCGGGAAGGUUGGUGGGUGGCUUGUUGGGAUUGGAAGGGGGGUGUUUGCGUUGUGUGGUGGUGAUGAGGUGAGGAGGAAGGUUAGGAUUAGGAAGAUGAAGGCGAAGGGUUCUUCGGGUGAUGGGGUGGGUGAUGGGGAGGGUGAGAGGAUGAGGUGUCGGCGGUGUCGGUCGUGGGAUUCGAGGGGCCUGUUUGAGUCCCCUCCCCCCCUGAUGAGGGAGGAUGGGAUUGAGUGGGUUGGGGAUCGGGAGGCUAGGGAGGAGUGGGAGCGUGAGGGCGUGGGGUAUGGGACUUUUUGAGCGUGGGUUGGGUGCGUGAGGGUGAUUGAAUGGGUUUUAUGGCCUGCGAAUAUCGUGUUGAUUCUGGAGGAUGAGUGUAAAGAUGAUGGAUCGAAUGGUAAUAGUAUGCUUGUA